AUGCUAGCAGCGAGAUGGCAGUUCGGUCCAAGCAAAAAGCCCGCAAAAUGGUUUGACCCAAGUUUUGUUAUCUGCCUUUCGGCGGCAGAGUCUGGAGACAUGACGCCACCGGCAGAAAAUCAGCCCGUCAAGGCUGUCCGAAAGAGGAAGCAACAUUCUGAUCGAUCCCCGAAUUUCGCGUCGUGCACGCCAUCGGAGAGAAAAAGGGGGUUCGCAGGGCUGAUGGGGCUGCUAGGCUGA